UAAAAAAUUUACUCCUCUGUUUUCACUUUGUUUGGUUUUUCCGUUUGAAAUUUUAAUUUGUCCGCUACCUUCCCUCUUUCUCUCCUCCACUGAAGAGUACACUGAAUCCUCCAUUAAACCAACUUCCGAGCUUUCUUUCCUCCAUUGAAACUACUUCUCAGACUCGUAAAUACUGGGACUGCAGUCAGACACACUACUUCUUUGCUGAUUUUUACUAAUUAGUGGAAUCUUGAAAACUUGUUUAUGGCAAAAUACUAUGACAUUGAUGAUAUUCUUGCAGAAGAGGAGUUCAUUCCAGUGGUGUUCCAGAAGGCAGCAACUGGAGUAGGACUCCUUGACCCCAGUGCUGAAACCAACAAUAUUGAACAGGGAGCAAAAGUGGAAUUGCCUUUCUGGCUUGCUCAUGAGUUACAUUCAAGACAAGCAGUGGUUAUGAACAUUCCACCCUGCUUCAAUCAAAUGACAAGGAAGGAAAUUCAGGCUGAUCCCGGAUCUGUUGAUCUUCGAAAUCGAUGUCAAUAUUUUUAUGAAUUAGGAUGCAAGCUAGCACCUAUGGUUGGUGAUAGAACAAUUGGGUCCUUCCUCUUGUACGCAUUUAAGAAUAGGUAUAAGGAAGUGCUUAGCAAGGCCCAUACUGCUACUUAUGUUGCUGCAUCAAAGCCCCUAACUCUGCUAACUAAGGAAGAAACUCAUUUGUGUGAUGCAGCUCAGUCCUCAAUGACUGCCUUCAAGAAGUGGAGAAUGGGAGGCUCUCGAUUUGAAAUGCCUUCUGUGCUUGGGAAGAGAAAGCCUUCUGAAUAGUUUGUUGUUUCUAGCCAUUGGUUUCUAGUUCUGAUUUGAUUCCAAGGGGGGAAUAGUAGCUCCUAUAUCUAAGAAGAUGAAUUUCAUCUAGUGUUGCCAUUUCCCUCAUUUCUCCUUCAGUUGAAUGGAUGUUGUGCUUCAUUCAGGAAAAUGCUUGCGACAAACAAGCGUGUUUUCCAUGUGCUGUAUUCUGUGUAGCUUAGAGAGAAGAAAGCCCUGGAAGAACCAUAUAACAGCCAGAAGGGAUUCAAUCUCAUACCUUGUGGACAGGCCUGUAGUCUAAGUAACUGAGCUAUUCCUAUUUCUUGAGCAAUUAAUUUUUAUAUAUGUUUUUUUUUUCCCAUUUUUUAAUUAUUAAUUAAUGGCUAAAAAGUUACUAUUUGUUACCAUUGAUCAUGCAGAUUGUACAUCUUGUAGCUGUAGAAUUUAUUCUUGUAUUGAUCUCUUCCAAUCUGGAGUCUGUUUAUUCAUGUUAGUCAUAGUAGAAUUUAGCAAUGUGAUUAGCCUACUCAUUUCUCUUGUUUUCUUUUAAUACUAGCUUAACUGAAGAUCAUAUUAUAUGAAUCCCUCCAAUCCUCUAUGUUGUUUUCAUUACUUGGACCAUAAUUUUCAUUACUGUAACUAUAAUUUUACACUGACAAAAAACAAAUAAAAUAUUACUGUAAUAAAUCAAACAAGUUCUCACUCGACUAUG